AUGGGGCGCAGGUCGAAUUGGCCGACCGACCGGCCGCUUGGUCCGAGAGCCGCGGCCGCUGGGCGCCUUGGCUGGCCGGCAGGCCAGUCAUUCUGGUCUUGCUGGCAUCUUUUGGCCAGAAAAGGUUUGCAACUCACGCAGGGAUGCACGCCAUGUGAUCACAAGGUUGGUGUUCAUCCAAACAUUGAUGUGAUCGUAAAUGUGGUUGUCGAUGUGGUUGUGGUUGUGGAUGUGGAUGUGGAUAUGGUUGUGGUUCCUGAUGUGCACGUAGUUGUGGAAGUGGUUGUGAAUGUGGAUAUGAUUGUGGUUCCUGAUGUAGAUAUUGUUUUGGAAAUGGUUGUGGAUGUUUUUGUGGGUGUGGUUGCGGAGGCGGAAGUGGAUAUGGUUGUAGUUCCUCAUGUGGAUGUUGUUGUGGAAGUGGCUGUGGAUGUUCUUGUGGAUAUGAUUGUGCAAGUGGUUGUGGAUAUGGUUGUGGAUAGGAAUAUGAUUGUGGUUCCUGAUGUGGGUGUUGUUGUGGAUGUGGAUAUGGUUGUGGAAGUGACAAAUCUUGGGGCCCGACUUUUCGGGGCUUGCACAAUUGUCUUCGGCCAGUUCCUCUUCGUCUUUGCCCGAUCAGCUCUUUGUCUCCAGCCCACACGGUCAUGUCUCUCUAUGCCUUACCUCGAUUCGGCCUUGACACUCGUCCACACACGCACACACACACAUUCACAUGCACAGGAGUGGGGCGGAGCUAUGAAUUCUACAACCUUCGUACGGAAACGUCAGACAUCCGACCCGAUCGCCGGUGGCAGCGGGUCCAGGAGUGACGUGCAGUCUGGAGAGGCAGUGGUCUUGCAAAACCGCACCUUUACAAACUUUUCGCGUCCACAUUCGACCGAAGCCUCAGCCGGCACCGAUACCUCCGCCUGCGGGUCGUUUGGUCUGUUGCCGUGUCACUCAGCCGUUCGAGCAGUCAAUCAUCGCGUAAACAAUCCGGCCAACACUUGCUUCUUUCUCUCCAUCUUUCUCUCUACAUUCUCCACUCCUCCCUUGCGCUGCCCACUUUUGCCCACCUCGACCCGACAUCGUAAAGCCCAGCAGCGAAAUUCUCGCCAGUUUUAUUAUCUUCCAAGCUUUCGCUCAACUGAACCGUCUCUGCUGAGCCGAAUCUCCUGUACAUUUUGUUGUCUCGUUGGUCUCUCUCUCUCUCUUUCACACACACACACACACACACACACACAUACACACAUACACAAACACACUCUUUCUCUCUCUCCGGUUUGGGAUGCCACCAUUUCCGGCCUUUUUGGUCGGUCUGCAGGUCUGCUGGCAGUGACCGGCCGGCUUGUCGAUGCGGCGAUGGUGUACACACUCGCCUCGAGGGCGUCAUGGCAGCCGAUCCGGACGCUUUCGCUCUGA